AUGUUUCGAAGUGCGGCGUCGUUAAGGAUAAAUAGUAAAGGAUACAGACUACUCCAUCAACUAAAGUUGGACAAAGACAGUUAUUUACACCAUCCGGGAGUAGAACCUCUCAGCAGAGCAAAUUAUGGUCAAGUUAUAGAAGAGACUGUGAAUAGGUUUCCUCAGAGAGUCGCUAUUAGAUCGCUGCAUGAGGACAUAACUCUGACUUAUGAAGAUUUACUUAGGCAGGCCGAUUCACUCGCAUAUGCCCUUCGCAACAGCGGGUUCGAGAAAGGAGACCGACUCGGAAUCUGGUCUCACAACUGCGUGGGGUGGAUCGUGACGGCCAUCGCUGCCUUCAGAGCUGGUCUUAUAUCGGUGCUGAUCAACCCUCUGUAUGAGGCCUCAGAACUAAGUUAUUGCAUCAAAAAAACAAACUUAAAAGGUUUGCUGGUGGGAGAUGACAUACGAAGUAAAAGCUAUCAUCAAGUGCUAACUCAACUAAUUCCAGAGUUGGAGAAGUCGAAACCUGGAGAAAUAAAAUCUAGCGUAUUCCCCUCUCUAAGUACUCUUAUAGUCGCAGGAAAGCAACAAUUCAACGGAGCUUUCUCCUUGGACACUUUGACAAGAAGCUAUCAAAAUGAAAAUGUAACUCGAUACGUCGAGGAGGUCAAAUCCGAAGAUGGCUGUUUGAUACACUUCACAUCUGGUACCACGGGCAAUCCAAAGGCUGGGUUAGACUCCCAUCUCGGCAUGGUCAACAAUACCUACUAUUCGGGCCUCAGAAAUAGCUUCCACGAGGGACAUCAAAUAACUUGCGUGCAGGUACCACUGUUUCACGCUCUAGGCUCAGUGGUGACAACUCUCGGAGGUUUCCGACACGGCACUACGUUAGUCCUACCUUCAACCACGUAUAGUGUAUCUGCAAAUGUCAAAGCCCUAUGCGCUGAAAAAUGUACAUCUAUCACAGGAACACCUACGAUGUACGUAGAUAUUAUUUCUCAAGUAAAGAACAAAGGAAACUUACCAAUCAAAUUGCAAAUGGCGCUAGCUGCCGGGGCUCCGUGCAGUCCAGAACUGAUGCUGCAAAUGAAAAAUUACUUAAAUACAAGCUCAGUAAGGUCCCUAUAUGGAAUGACGGAAACAACGGCCAGCGUAUUUCAGUCUCUCCCCGAAGACUCCGUCGAGACGGUGGCUGAAACCGUCGGAUACAUACAGGACCACGUUGAAGUUCAGGUAGUCGAUCCUGAAGGAAGGAGAGUUCCAUUGGGUGAACCAGGUGAGCUCAUGGUCCGGGGCUACUUGAAUAUGAUAUCAUAUUGGGACGAUCCAGAGAAAACGAAGGAGGCAGUGACCGAAGAUGGCUGGCUGCACACUGGUGAUAAAUUUACGAUAUCUGAUGAUGGAUAUGGUCGGAUCGUUGGUCGCAUCAAGGAUAUCAUUGUUCGUGGAGGGGAAAAUAUAGCACCGAAGGAAAUAGAAGACUUACUGAGCACUCACCCUGAUGUUAUUGAAAGCCAGAUUGUAGGAGUAUAUGAUGAACGGUUAGGCGAGGAGCUAUGUGCAGUAUUAAGAAUAAGAAAUGGUUCCAAAUUUUCUUUAGAGGAUAUGAAUAAGUUUUGCUCUGGAAAAAUCGCAAAAUUUAAAAUUCCGAGAAUUUUGAAAACGACCGAAAUAUUCCCCAAGACUGCCUCCGGAAAGAUACAGAAGUUUAAAUUGAAGGAAAUGGUGGAAAGUGGGAAAAUUUGA